AGAGAGAGAGAGAGACAGAUCGGGAAAUAAGAAUGGGGAAGCUGAUGCUCUUCACCGCCGUGAUUAUCGCGAUUGUUUCACUCGGAGCCUCCGUCGAUGACAAAUGCGCCGCCUGUAACGCCGUCGCGGAGGAGUUAGAGUUACAGCUUUUAAAGGAAAAACCAAGAAACCAUCUUGAUAUGAGAAACCGGCUAAACUCUAAAGGUCAGCGUGAAGGGAAGGUUAUUGAUUACAGAAUAAGCGACCUGAGAGUGGUAGAUUUGUUGGAUGGGCUUUGUGAUAGAAUGCAGGAUUAUACUCUACAAAAGGUGGAAUCUAAGAACAGUCAAUGGGUGAAAGUGGGAAAUUUUGACAGUCUAACAAAUAAACAGGAAGCUAAAGCGCAUGCCAAUGACAUUUCAACUUAUUGUGGAAGAUUGCUGGAAGAAACUGAAGAUGAGCUCGGUGAGGUAAUAAAGAAUGGCUCCCUAAAGGCUGGAGAAGUCCGCAAGGUUCUGUGUCAAAAUUUAAGUAACCACUGCAGCAAAUCGAGUGAAACAGACUCAGAGGAUGAGGAGGACGACGAUGCAGACGAAUUAUAGCUGAAUCCAGUGAAAAGCUCAACCACUUACUUCCCAUCAAGCGAAGGUCUCAUUUUGAUAGCCAUGUUUUAGACACAUCUAUGUACAACUCAUACGUACCUCAAAACACCUUUUCAUAUCUUAUGUUCGGUCGAUAAUUGGGUCUCUGUGUCUUUUGUCGUCCCCAUGUUUUCUGACCAUUGUAGUGUUGCGAUCUCAUUCGAAUUCUUGUAGUCGAACCCGCUUACUAGAUCAACUCAACUAGAUAAAACUUGUCAAAAAGACUAAUUUUCUCAUUA